UGCAGUCAACAUCAAUCCUAAGAAAAGAGGCUUAGAACAAGGAGCACCUUGUAAUAAUGAUGACCAAUGUGAUACUCAAAUCUGUCGUCAUGCGGAUCAAGAUCCAUACAAAUGUCAAAAAACUGAUACACGAGAUGAUGGGGAUAAUUGUCUUGUAGAUGCUGCAU